AUGGAUAAGAAUGAUAGAGAUUAAUAUAUUAUAGAAGAAACAGAAACAAAAUUAAUUUCAAUGGGACAAUAUGGAUAAAUUUAUGAAUGCCAAAGAAAAGAUGGUAAAUAAAAGGAACCUCUAUGCGUAAAGAUUAUCAAAAAAAAAGAACAUACCAUGAAUCAAUCAUUAAAUGAGAUUAAAAUAUUGGCAAAAGUAAUGAAGCUUAAACCUGAGAAUCUUGUGAAUAUAAUACAUAUAUUUGAAUAAAUUCAUCAAUUUGAAAUCAUAAUGGAAAGAUGCGAUAUGGAUUUAGAAUAAGAAUUUAAUAUUUUAUAGAAAAAUAAAUUAUGGUAUACUGAUGAAGAGUGUUUUAAUAUUUUAACAUAAAUUACUAAUGGAAUACGCAUUUUAAAUCAAAAUAAUAUUCUUCAUAGAGAUAUUAAGCCUUCUAAUAUAUUAGUGAAAAUUAAAAAUAAAGGGAGAAGAGUUUAUAAAGUAAAAUAUUACAAAAUCCGCAUAGAUUACAGAUUUUGGAUUUAGUAAAAUCUCAGAAAAUUACUGUAAAACUGAUUAUUAUACAACUAUGGGAACUCCACUUUAUGCUUCUCCCUAAAUUUUUAAUCAAUAAGCAUAUUCAGGAAAAUGUGACAUUUAUUCUUUCGGAAUAAUAUUAUAUUAAAUAUUUUUUAAUGGAAAUAUGCCAAUAGUAUUGUAAACAAAAUCAGAUUUAUAGAAUUUCCAUUAGAUCCUCAAAAAAAAAGAGUUUUAAUGCCAACUUCCUAAUUACUCUUAUGCAGAAUAGAUAGUUGAUUUGCUAUAAAAGAUGAUUGUGUAUAAAGAAGAGGAGAGAAUAUCAUUUGAUCAACUUUUUUAACAUCCAAUACUAAAUAUUAAAAAGUAAUUUUUAUUUUAGGAUUCAAUAUUCAAUUCGACUUCUAUAAUAUUAUACAAUUUACAAACAAAACAUAUAUCUAAUCUUCUUGAUAUAGUAUACUAAAUAUAAGAAAUAUUUUACAGAAAAUAUUUAUUUUAUAAAUCAGUUUGUAAAAAGUUUUCAAUUGAUUAAUAGAUUUAUAAAAAAGCUGCUUUAUUUUGUUUAUUAUUUUUAGGAAUGAAAUAACUUAAUUAUUAUAUGGGAUUUAUUCAUAUUAUAAUAUCAGAUAUACAUCCUCAUUUCUAAAAGAAUAAUUUUGAUACUUUAUUGUAGCAUUUAAAAUUAUGUCAAAAUAAUUUAAAUUUACAUCCGUAAUAUUAAUAACAAAUAAUUCAAGUUAAAAAAGAAUACUAUAAUGAAAAAAAAUAUAUAGCUAAUUAUAAUAACUAAUUGUAAAAAGAUUUAAUUCUCAUUUAAGGCAGUCCUAAAUUUCUUAGUUCUUUUAUUGAGAUGUUUUAUUAAAGUAAUUACAAAAGAAUUGAAUAAUAAUAAAUAAUUGAUAUGCUUAAAUUCUUUUUGGAUUAAAAAUUAUUGGAGUAAUAAUAUUAUUAAUUUAAGUGGCUUUGAAGCUAGUGUUUAAGCUGCAAUAUCUUUAGAUGAAUAAUUUCCAAUUCAGAAUUUUUAAUUGAUAAAUCCAAAUGAUAUUUAUUUAGAUUGA